AAGAGGAAUAGUCCAAAGCUACGGCUCUGGCCACAAGUGCGCAGACCCGAUUGGCGCCAGGCUGCGUCUGUCCCCGCAGGGCUGAACCGCCGGCGCUGCCAGGGUGCCCCACUUGCCUCGCGUAAAUAAACAAAUGCGCAGGCGCCCCCGGCCGGAGCCCAUUGGUCGCUGCCUCGCCGCAGGAGUAGUGGGUGGGACGCAGCCCCUCUGGCUUCUCCUGCUCCGCCCCGUAGGUCGGUCAGCGAGUCGGGUGGUCGGAGCGUCCGGGCCGUGCGCGUUCGCCAUGGAGCGCUGGCUGCAGCUGCUGGUGCUGCUGUGGCUGCUCCCAGGCGCCGCCCCAGCCCCGUCCAGCCCAGCAGCUCGCAAUGAGGCCUGGGUAUCUGCGUUCCCGGAGUUGCUGGGCCCCGCCCGCUACGCCCUGGAGAUGUACAACCACGGUCGGGCUGCCGGGACGCGGGCAGCGCUGGGAUCCGUGCGCGGUCGCGUCCGCCGGGCCGGCAGGGGGAUGGUGUACUCCCUGAAGGCAACCCUGGAGGAGCCGCCCUGCAACGACCCCACGGUGUGCCAACUCCCAGUGGCCAAGAAAACCCUGCUCUGCAGCUUCGAAGUCCUGAAUGAGCUAGGAAAACAUGUGCUGCUGAGGCGGAACUGCCGCCCAGUGGAAACCAAGGUUACAGAUGACAGAAAUGAGACUUUGAGUUCUGUCCUUCCACUGUCGAACAAGGCUCCCCUGCCCCAGGACUUUUCUGUGAGGAUGGUUUCCAUCUUUAAGGAAUUUGUCACCAAAUAUAACCGGACAUAUGAGACGAAAGAGGAAGCCCAGUGGCGCAUGUCCGUGUUUGCCAGUAAUGUGAUACGAGCGCAGAAGAUCCAGGCCCUGGACCGUGGUACAGCUCAAUAUGGGGUCACCAAAUUCAGUGACCUCACAGAGGAGGAAUUCCGCACCUUCUACCUGAAUCCCCUCCUGAAAGAGAAACCAGGCAGGAAGAUGCGCCUAGCCAAGGCCGUUCCUGACCCCGCCCCACAUGAGUGGGACUGGAGGAAUAAGGGGGCUGUCACCAAAGUCAAGGACCAGGGUAUGUGCGGCUCCUGCUGGGCCUUCUCAGUCACGGGCAACGUGGAAGGCCAGUGGUUCCUGAAACGGGGGGCCCUGCUCUCCCUCUCGGAGCAGGAGCUCUUGGACUGUGACACGGUGGACAAGGCCUGCCUGGGCGGCUUGCCCUCCAACGCCUACUCAGCCAUAAAGACUCUGGGAGGACUGGAGACAGAGGAUGACUACAGCUACCAUGGCCACUUGCAGACCUGCAGCUUCUCUGCAAAGAAGGCCAGAGUCUACAUCAAUGACUCAGUGGAGCUGACCCAGAAUGAGCUGAAGCUGGCAGCCUGGCUGGCCGAGAACGGCCCCAUCUCCGUCGCCAUCAAUGCUUUCGGCAUGCAGUUCUACCGCCGUGGGAUCUCCCACCCACUGCGGCCCCUCUGCAGCCCUUGGUUCAUCGACCAUGCCGUGCUGCUCGUGGGCUAUGGCAACCGCUCUGACACCCCGUUCUGGGCCAUCAAGAACAGCUGGGGCAGUGACUGGGGCGAGGAGGGUUACUACUACCUGCACCGUGGGUCUGGGGCCUGUGGUGUGAAUACCAUGGCCAGUUCGGCUGUGGUGAGCUGAGGAGCACUGGCUCAGGACCUGGUGCUGACCAGAGCAGCCCCUUCUCCAGCCUGCAUGUCCAGGAGGCGCAGCUGGCUGAGGGAUGGGCACCGGGUAUCUCAGGGUGAGCAAAGGGCACUGGGCUAGGGGCACAGACUAUUCCUCUGCACCCCACUCCCACCUGGAAGUUCCCCAACUGUGCCUUUGUUGAACUGUGGUAGCCAGGAGGAUCUGGGGGUUACAGAUGGUGUCUUGCUAGCUGGAGCUAGGGCAAGAACCUUGGAGUUGGUUGAGGAGCAAAGGGGCACGCUCUGGCUUUGUGCCCUGGCUUUCCUGUGUCUGAUACUAUAAAUUUUCAGAUUUCCUUGGAUUUGGGGACAGUGUUCCCUUCUACAUCUAGAGAAACUGUUACAACCACCCUUUCUAACAGCAAUAAAGUGGUGUUCUAGGCCCCA